GGGGACCACUAUUUUGAACUUCUGAAUUAGUGUAACAGGAAGCUAUUGGGAUGGAAGGCAGAAGAUAGGAGUUUGAAUCCACACCUAUCACUGGCUACCUAGGCAAUGACAGUUAAGUGAUUUGCCCAGGUCACACAACUAACUUUAAGAAUCUGAGAAAUCACUGCCUGAGACAGCAAUCAUGAAGCUGGGCCAUCUCUUUCUGUUUGUAACCUUUGCUAUCUGCAGCUACUCUGCUACUGCAGUCUUCUUCAACAGUGGGUCUCUUCCUGUCAAAAGCAUGAUUCCCCUGGACACGAUCCUUUCUGUUAUAGACCCACUGAAAAUGGUCUUGAAAACACUGGGCAUCUCUGUAGAGCACUUGGUCGAAGGGCUGAGGAGAUGUGUGGAUGAGCUGGGGCCUGAGGCUUCUGAAGCUGUGAAAAAACUGCUGGAGGCUUUGUCCCACUUGGUAUGAUUUCAGGAUGAUGGACUGAAUGUGUAGCUGAAUGCUUCAGAAUCCUCCC